AGGUAGUAUGAAUGGUAGUGUGUAUAUACAUGCGGGGAAACUGGGAACGACAUCAAUGCAAAAAUGGCGGAAAAGGGACGAAGAACAUUUCCGUGAAUUAAAACCAAAGAAAUGGACUCAAAGGAGGUUGUCAUCAAAAUCUGUGAUCUGAACCCUCAUGUGGUUUGCAGUUUAUGCGCAGGAUACUUUGUUGAUGCCACGACUAUUACAGAAUGUCUGCAUACCUUUUGCAAAAGCUGUAUUGUGAAAUACUUCCAAACCAGCAAGAAUUGUCCCAUGUGCAAUCUGCAGAUACAUGAAACCCAACCGCUUUUCAACCUCAGGUUAGACAGAACAAUGCAAGACAUUGUGGCUAAACUUGUUCCUGGGAUUGUUGAGGCUGAAGAGAAGAGAAGACGAGAAUUCUAUGAGUCCAGAGGGAUGGCAGUAGUGAAACCUUCUCAGGAUGAAAAUGAGAAUGAAAAACCAACAACAGAGAAUGUGGUUAAAAGAGACUACUCUGAAAAUAGGAACUUGUACAGAGAUGACGAACAAGUUUCUCUGUGUGUUGAGAGAUAUGAGGAGAGCGUGGAAGAAAACGGAGAUGAGACAGAAGACAGCAGAACAACAGAAACCGUGGGGACACUGAGUAAGAAAUACUUGCGUUGUUCAGCUCGGAUGAUGGUUGUUCAACUUCAAAAGCUAUUGAGAAUGAAACUCAACAUCCCAGAGGAGAAAGAGGUUGAAAUUGUGUGUAAUGAACACGUGAUACACCCAUUCAGAACCAUGAAGUUCAUUUGGAUAAGUGAGUGGUUAAACCGGGCACCGCCCAUGGUUUUACAUUAUCGUGUUCACGGUGCCUCUUGAAGAACUGUUACUCGACAACACAUCGUUAGGCGUCACAAUGGACAGGGCUCCUCAAAGAACACAGAAGACGGAAAACUGUAACUUUGUGACCAACCUCGAUCCAGGAGAGAGAGGUUGCUUUGUGGCAUACACAAGUUUCAUUCGUUAUAACAAUGUGCUUACACAUUAGAUAAAACUUUACGUUUUCCAAAACGUGUUGUCCUUUUAACGACCAGUGCCAGUCAGGCUUUGAUGGGAACACAAGCAGGACACGUCAUGCUGCCCACAUCUAGUUACAUCUUGGAUAACACUAUAUCUUGUUAGUCAGCUCUGGAAGACUGAAUUACAACUGGAAAAGCUUCCUGGCUUAUAUGUUAUACGCCUAUCACACCAAAACCUUAUUCAACUGGUGUAAAAUUAAAGCCUUGUUGCUUUCUGCCCCUGAUAUUCAUUCAUUUAACUUACUUUUACCAGUUUAAGCUGUCACCAGGAUAUUUGUCGAUAAAUAAGUACUCGAACUGUUUGUUCUUGGGCCGAGUCAAAGUUUGAUGAGCUGGAUUCAAUCCGGUGUUAUUGCAUUUAAAGUCCCGAGUUAAUUUGGGGAAAGUUCGAAAGCUAUCUUUUACCACAGUGUUCGGAAAAACUACUUUCAUUGAUAAUACGUUACCUGUUAUUAUGUACACAUUGCAUGUAUAUUUUAGUGUUUUACCCACAAAAGUAGAAGAAGGAUUUAUGUCCUUAUACAGUGUUGACCUAAUCGAAAAAAUAAAGUUUAUGAUGUCCUCUUUA